AUGCAAUUUGAGCACCAGGAAACCCACUCAGAUCUCUUGGAUCUGUUCAUGAAAAGAGCUUCCAUGUUCAGUUGCAUCCUAAGCUGCUUGUUGCAGCUGGUGUCAGCUCAGGAAAAUUUAACUGUGGUUUCUGUUCCUGAAAACCCCAUCGAGGGUCAAAGUAUCCUCCUGCAUGCCAAGAAUAUCCGGCAGGGAUUUGUGCGAUGCGAGUGGACGCAGCCGUCUGGGGAAAACAUUGUUUUGGUCUCCGAUGCAAAAUUCACCCCGGCUGAUGCUUCCAAAGUCGUCGUGCUGCAUCAGAAUUGUUCCUUGACUAUCAAAAAUCUGAGGUCAACGGAUCGAGGAAGGUACACGGUCAAAGUCACUCUUCCUCCUGCAAAGCAGCAAGAGCCAACAGGACCAGAGAUCUAUAUCGGUUCCAUUUUUCUGACUUUUUGUGAUGAAAAACAAAUCCGUAUCAGAGUCGAACCCCCAAAUCCCCUUGUUGGCCAGAAUGUCAAGAUGACACCCGGAGGCAUGCCAGCCAAGAAUGACCUCUGCUUCUGGAAACAAAAAACCAAAUCUGGAGUGCAGAAAGAAAUCCACGAUUCUGGAGAAGAGCCUCCAAACAAAGAACAGAACCAGCAACAGAAGAUCAAACAAUACGGUUGUUCCUUGCACCUGAACCAGUUAACCGAGGCCGAUUCUGGAAACUACUCUAUUUAUGUCGAAGUGUCUUCAGACCAAAACUCCGGCAGAGAAGGGAAGGGAACCAGAGAACAAAUCAUGUGCUAUCGAAGCCAGACGCAGUUAAUAGUCACAAGGAGUGGAUCAGCUUCUCUGAAAUAUAGUGCAGGAAUCAUGGCUGGGGCUUUGCUUGGAUCCCUCACCUGGGCCAGCAGUCUCUCCCUCCUGCCACUGCUCUUCGGCGUGCUGUCGCCAUUCUCUCCUGAAUGCUGAAUUUGGAAGCCGUUCCUUCCUUUGUGAGAGGUAUUUGCAGAGAAGAGACACACAAGUUAUCCUGCAGCUGCGUGUGUAAAGCUGAACAGCUCUACGCUUGGAUAUUAAGCUUGAUCUGAUGCUGAUUCCUUUUGAAGCUCAACUUCGCCCCAAACUGUAUAUUAGCUUACUUUGUUUCUGUUUAUAUGAAGAAAACCUUAAGUCACUCUCAGCUUUAAAAGUUGAGAACGUUUGCAACCUACAAAACAGCGGAUAAAUAAAUAAAUCUAGGAGUCAAAAAAUGAUGGCAGAUAAUCAAAAUAUCAUAAAAUGUUGUAUUAAGUACCUUUUUAGGAAGUCGAUGUGAUGUUAUCCAAUUUGGAACUCAACAGAAAAAAAAUCUAUGGAUGCCCUUUAUACAUUCUAACAUUGCUCAAAAUAAAAUGUGUUUUUUUCACUUGAAUGAAA